AUGUCCCACCGCCAACACUGUCCAACUUACCAUUUCCUCUCUUUCCUCCCUUCCCCCACCCGCAUCGCUUUUUCCGCGCGCGUCGGUCUCUCCGCGCGCAGCGCCAUCCGCCGUGUUAUGGGCAACAGUUCUAGCAGCCACCAUCGCAAGCACCACUGCGACCAGCGCCGCCCCGACAACCGCUACGCCUCCCACUCCGGCCCUCUUCCCCGCCCCGCUCAGUCCGCGCCUGCCGGCCCCGCGUAUUCCGGUCCUGCUUGUUCCGGCCCCGCGUAUUCCGGUCCCGCCAGCCCCGGCGCCGCGUGCCAGCACCACAGCGACGGCGCCAGCAGCGGCGGCGGCGGCGAGUCGUACAGUCGCAGCAGCUCGUUUGGAUACUCGCGCGCGCUGCAGCAGAAGUACGGCAUCAUCCCCGACACCUUCCGCUCCAUCGCGCAGGUGCAGGAGAAGCUGCGGGAGGUGGGGUUGGAGUCGAGCAACCUCAUAGUGGCCGUUGACUUCACCAAGAGCAACGAGUGGACUGGCAAGCAGAGCUUCAAUGGGCGUUCACUGCAUGCAAUAGCGCCAGGUGCAUCGAACCCAUACGAGCAGGCCAUCGACAUCAUCGGCCAGACGCUCUCCGCCUUUGACGAGGACAACCUCAUUCCCUGCUACGGCUUCGGUGAUGUCUCAACGCACGACAAGGCAGUGUUUGCGUUCAACGAGGGGCAGCGCCCGUGCAACGGCUUUGAGGAGGCGCUGCAGCGCUACCGUGCCAUCGCCCCCCUCGUGCAGCUCUCAGGCCCCACGUCGUUUGCGCCGGCAAUAGAGGCGGCAGUGAGGGCGGUGGAGGAGAGUGGCGGGCAGUACCACGUGCUGCUCAUCAUUGCUGAUGGCCAGGUCACUCGCAGUGUUGACACGCCGCCAGGAGUGUUCAGCAGACAGGAGCAGGCCACUGUUGACGCCAUCGUUGCUGCCAGCAACUACGCGCUAUCAAUAGUGAUGGUGGGGGUGGGCGACGGCCCGUGGGACACGAUGGAGGAGUUUGACGAUGCUCUGCCGCAGCGCAACUUUGAUAACUUCCAGUUUGUCAACUUCACGAGGGUCAUGGCAUCAUCGCGUGCACCAGAGCAGCGGGCGGCACUCUUUGCCCUCUCUGCGCUCAUGGAGGUGCCUCAUCAGUACCGCGCCUGCACCGAGCUGGGGCUGCUGGGUCGCCCCAUGGGUCGCAUGCCACCAUCAGCCCCCAAGGAGCCCCCGCCACGUGUGCGAGCAGCAGAUACUGCAGCGGCCCAAGCUGCCUCCCUCGCUGCUGCCAACCUGCCCCCGCAUCUCAACCCUAAUAAUCUCAACCCAUCCGACUUCAACCCCGGCACCGCUCCUAACCCCUUUGGAAACCUCGUGGACUCAGCUCCUACGUAUGGGUACGGUGCUGGACUCAGCACUGCUGCUGCUGACUCUGCGCCGGGCUCUGGGGGAUCUGGGGGGGCGGCAGCAGGAGGGGGGACGGAGUGCCCGGUGUGCCUCAUGUACCCCAAGAACACUGCCUUCCAGUGCGGCCACCAGUGCGGCCACCAGGUGAGGAGUGUGCAGCAGGUGAGGAGUGUGCAGCAGGUGAGGAGUGUGCAGCAGGUGAGGAGUGUGCAGCAGGUGAGGAGUGUGCAGCAGGUGACGCCUACAGCAGGUUAG